AUGGCCGCAUCCUGGACCUUGACUGAGGGCUCACCCAUGAAAGUCUGCUUUGUGACUACAGGCGCUACAGCACCGUUUACAGCUCUUAUCGAAUCACUUCUUGAGCCAUCAUCGCUGGACGCCUUACGAGAAGGCGGUUACACACAUCUUUUGAUCCAAUUUGGCACGGCCAAGGAUGUCUUCGAAACCCGUGCCCAGGCGGCUCGCAACUACCUACAGCAGCAGGGAAACGAAACAUUCGCUAUCGGCGGCAUGGAUUUCGACCCAAACGGACUGAGAGAACAGUUCAAGUUGGUCCAGCAGUCCAAGGGCUUGGUCAUUUCACAUGCCGGUUCCGGCUCCAUACUCGCAACUUUACGCUAUCAAAUCCCGCUCGUUGUUGUCCCGAAUGACCAGCUUCUUGACAACCAUCAAGAGGAGCUCGCUAUAGCCAUGGAGAGAUCGAAUUAUCUCCUCCGAGGCGACGUCAAAAAUCUGGCACCAGCAAUACAGAAAUCCGCCGACUUCCGCAUCAAGAUGGCCCAGUUUCCUCCGAUCACUAGCGGGAAACACCGCGAGACCAAGAGCUUCGCGGCGAUCAUGGACGAAACCAUGGGGUUCUUGGACUAA